GUCCUACGUGAAGUCAAAUGUAACAGACGUUUAUCCUCCUCAGAAAAUAACUGAUGUAGGCUACAGUCUGUGAAGGACAUGGAUCGACCAUUGGACUUUGGCGAUAACCACCUGUUGAGUUUCGGGGUGUAAAAUCCAACGGCAGACCGAGGGGGGUGGGCUAACGGAACCUAUAAAAGACUCGUCGUCACUUUCAAUGCCACAUGUUGUUAUGACACACUGAUAAAAUAUAUGUAGCCUACCGCAAGGAAUAAAUCAGAAGCAGUGCAUGAAGUCAAUAAAAACCUGCGCACGGGAUACACCUGAUACAUCGUCAAAAAGUGAUUACAUUUAAGAAGGCAAUACACACAUUGUUUUGGGAUUGAGACUGUAUUUAAUAAAGUCAACAAUGGAACCAAUUCUUGAAGUCGUUGCUUUAAUUCUUGGCUUUUUGGGCUGGGUGAUGGUUGGCAUCACGCUACCCAACCGUUACUGGAAGGUCUCCUCCAUAGAUGGGACUGUUAUUACAACAUCAACAAUUUACGAAAAUCUGUGGAUGUCCUGCGCCACGGACUCGACGGGAGUGCACAACUGCCGCGAAUUUCCAUCUUUGCUUGCACUAUCUGGGUAUAUUCAGGCAUCUCGAGCUCUUAUGAUUGCUGCAGUGGUGUGUGGGACUUUUGGAGUGGUGGCCACGCUCAUCGGCAUGCAGUGCUCUAAAGCCUGUGAAGGCAAUGAUGUACUUAAAGGCAGAAUUGCUGGCACUGGAGGCGUAUUUUUCCUUCUACAAGGUCUGUGCACGAUGAUAUCAGUGUCAUGGUAUGCGUUCAACAUCACUCAGGAUUUCUUCAAUCCACUCUACCCUGGCCAAAAGUAUGAGAUUGGAGAGGGUUUAUACAUUGGCUGGGCAUCUGGUACUCUAGCCAUCUGUGGUGGAGCUUGUCUGAUGUGUUCCUGUCAAUUUGGCAAAAAAGAUAAGAAAUACAUAUACCAGCCAUCGCGUGGGACUGCCUACUCAGCAUCCGCAUCCAGGAAAGACGUUCAAAGCACUUAUGACAGAAAUGCAUAUGUUUGAAUAAAACAUUUUGGGUUGAUUUUGGGUUGACUGUUGAUAGUUUUAUGCCUAUGGUUUAUCUAGGCAAUAAUGUAAAUAUUUAUACUAAACACAUUUAAAAAUAAUUCAUCAAUCAAAUUAAAUGUUACUUUGCCAGUUUUGCAGUGCAAACAUGUCUCAUAAUGCAAACAUUAUACUGAACUAUUAUCUUUAAAUCUCUGUACAGGACAUUCACUCUGAAAUAUUUUCUCAAAUUUAAGAUUUUAUUUGUACCCAAGAUGUUGUUUCAUUAUUUUGUCACAAUUAUAUGAAUCAAGUUAAAAGUUCACGAAUGGCUUGAUUAUAUUGUCUCCAUUUAUAUUACCCUGUUUUGUAUUAUGUUUUAUACAAACAAUAAAUAAACAUGACUAAAAUGUAGUGUUGUAGUUCUCAAGACCGGUCUCGGUCUCAAGACCACUUUUUAAAGUUCUUGGUCUCGUCUUGGAAUCGACCGCAUUUUUACUCUGUCUCGUCUCGGUCUCAGACAAAGAGGACUCAGAAUUUUAUUUCAAGACCGGUCAAGACCACAACUGAUGGCACUUACAGAAAAUAAGUCAAAUUUAAGUGAUUUU